AUGUCAAAUUCUGGAAGGAAACUGAUCAAGAAAAAAAAAGUUUGCGGCAAAAGUAGAAGUCGCUGGGAAAGCGAACAGAGAGAGGGUCGCUCGACCCGAGACGUUUACUCUGAUUCCGCUCCACAGACGGCUGCCAGGCUUGCCGAGCUUUUCCGGCAAUUUCUGCUUCUGUCUCCCCGAUUUCCGGCUCCCGCCGUUCUUUCGGUUUUUUAUUCAGGAAAAGACGAGCAACUGCUUUGUGCCGGAGAGAGUGCAGGAGCGGCUGAGAAGUUUUGGGGGAUGAGAAACCUCGGCUCCGAGGUCAGAUUGCGACCGUUCUCCUGGGGUGUUGGGGGUUGGGGGUUCGGGGUGGUGGGGGGCGCAAAGCAGCUGAGAGGAGGUUCCAGAGAUUACACACUCUGGCCAUUUUGGGUAGACACACACGUAGACCCACCAUUCAGAAAAGACAGGAAUGGCCAGAUCGUGGAUAGCUCUGGAAGGAAAAUCAAGCUGUACCCGGAGGUGGCGGAGGUGCUGCAGACUCUACACGGAGAUGGCAUCUGGAUCGCGGCCGCAUCCCGCACUGGCGAAGUCGCAGGAGCCAAUCAGCUGCUGAGCCUCUUCCAGCUCGAUGCCUACUUCAGCCAAAAGGAAAUAUACCCGGGCUGCAAAGUCACUCACUUCGAAAGGAUCAAACAGGCGACUGGACUUCAGUUCUCUGACAUGAUCUUCUUCGAUGAUGAAUCCCGGAACAUCGUGGAUGUCGGGAAAUUAGGUGAAUAAGCAACGUUGCUGUUCCCUUUGGAACUGUUAAUCACAGUAACUGUUAAUCCUACUCCAGAAACAGUCUAACUUAAUCCAUGCUCCUCACUCUCUACUUCAUCUCCCUCUCUGAUCAUCCUCAAAUCCCACUUUCCUGCCUUUUUCGUAUAACCCUGAAUUCCCUUCCUGAUCUCUGUGUCUCAGCCUUGAAUAUCCUCUGACCCAGCCUCGACAGCGCCCCCUCUGCGGUAAAGAAUUCCACAGAUUCACUCCCCCCUCGGACAGAAGAAAUUCCUCUCCAUCUCCGUCUUCAGUGGGCGACCCCCUCGCUCUGAGAUGAUGCCCCCUCUGGUCCUAGACUCUCCCAC